GUUGCUGGCAGACGUUCCCGACUGCUACAGACCUCCACGGACACGUACAGUAUGUGCAUGUGAGCGCCCCUGUGCAGACCUGCCCGGGCAAAAGCCUACGCUUACAGUCGCGAUCACCAACCCACCCCGCACACCCCGUACCAGCACCCAGCAAAGACAAUAUCUCCUCGGCCGAAGAAGACCCACUGCACCCCAUCAAAGACACCCCCCACUCCUCCCCACAGGCCGCUACUGUAGAAGACCUACAAGACCUACAGUGGCCCCAUGCAGACCUCCUAGACCCCUCGCAGGACACCAUCGACCCAUCUGCACAGGCCAACCCAUCUGCGUCGCCGUCGCGGAGGUUUUUGAGCACACAUAACAGUGCGAAGAAUGUGCGGAGUCAUCUCGACUCGCUGGUCAGGCGGGCGUCCUCGCCAGAACCGGAAACGCGGUACAGCAAGAUGAAUAGAAUCAGGCUCGGUGGGGAUACCGGGAUGAAAAGCGGGACUAGGAUCAGGGCCAGUGUAGAUGGCGUGGAUUUGUGCGGAGAUGGCGCUGGUGCAGCCGAGGGUGGGGUGAUGCGCGAAGCUCUACCUAAUAAGGAAGAUGUAGGUAGGAGGAAACCACAGGAGCUCUACGACCACAGAGUACUGGGACAGGGCCUGACUAGUACAGCUGCGUGCACCGAAUCCCAUACGGAUGGGGCCAAGGGUCCGUUAGUACCAGGUGAUAUGGCGAGUACUACGCCAAGGUCAAACCAGCCCGAAACAGCCAGGCCUAGUAUGCAGAGUGCACACAGUGACAUGGCGGCUAUGCAGGAGGCAACCGCACUGUGUGGUGGUGACGGAGAUGUGUCGAUGGCUUAUGAAUCCGAUGCGUCCGAGACUCACCCGGACUGCAAUGGGUAUGAGGAUGGGCAACGGCAAGCCCAAAGGGAUGGCGGGGAUGGGACACAGGGGGACAAGCAGCAUACACAGACGCAGGUACCGAACAGUGGAGCGACAGACCAAUCGCACGCCACCGGGUACACGCAGACACACAGUACCAACCCCACCAGCACAGACCCCCACACAGAUACCACAACCCCCAAUACAACCACAACCAUAACCACAUCCCUCCAGUCAGCUGAGUAUGCCAGCUUCCACGCCACGCUCGCGGAGCCCAAUGCCAUGGACGUGGACGAUCACGUGGUCUGUACCAAUGACGCCAUCCACAUGACGUCACCCGUGACGCGUGCGUCGUACAUGCGCAAUGCGGUAGAGAUAUCUCCCAACUCGAGCGAGGCGAUCAGUGCCUUAGCGUCACUGGCUGACAUUGCUGGUAUGCAUGACCAGAGAGCCCAGCAACAGCGCGAGCGCGCCCAUACCCAGUGGGAACAGCACAAAAUGUCUUCAACAGGAAAGUACCGAACUGGCCUCUCACUACGCGGGCAAUCCAGGAUACACACCACGAAGAUGCACCUGAGCGUGCACGCAGCUGGUUGGGAUAAAGGCAAAGCCGACGGGGAUACCGUGAGCUUACACUCGGUGGGGGCUGUACCUAGUGCACCUCCCGUGGCGGUGCAUUUGAAUGAUUACAGUCCUACCGGGAUGUCUCUAAACCACAGGUCAACAUCGCCGAAUGUCCUGAAACAUGAUCAUACCCCACACAGCGAUACACACGACUACCCUUACACACACAGCCGUGCACACAGGUACCCAGAUACACACGAACAUGACUAUGUAGAUACAUCUAUUGCACUCAUGCGCACGCCCCAUCCGGCUAAGCAUGCGAAGGAGGUCCUCAGCGCGUACCCUGACGCCCAGGGGCCUUUAGAGGUGCAGGACAAGACCGAUAUAGGUCUCCUCACCCACCCAUACACCGAGCCACACCCACACACACUUACGUACCCCAAUGCACAUACAUACACACGCGGGAAAACACGGGCAUGGAAGGCAAUCGAGCCAAGCACCCGCACGCACACACGUGCACAUGCACACACACACACACACACAUUCAGCUCCAACAGUUCGCCGCCGGCGUUGCAUUUUACGGGUGCGAGACGGGCGUACCGCAAAAAGGGCACCCGCAGCAUGUCUGAGAGCUAUGCGUCGUCUAUGGAAGCCCCGGCCGCGCUGCGGUUCAUAGACUACACCCGUGGAGCCGACAGACGCAAGAGUACUACGGAGUCAAGUGAGGUGAAGGGAGGCUCGGGCUCAGAGCUGGGUGGGGGGGAUAUGAGGGAUGAUGUGGACAUGCUCGUGCGUACCUACAGCACCGGCAGUCCGACUACGAAACUGGAACAUAUCAAGAGCUUCGACUCGUUGUCGUCGUGCUCCACGAUGUUGAGCAAAACGCGGAGUCUGGGCGAUCCACCUCUGUGCAAGAGGAAAUCACGAGGAAGCGGUAAAAAGUUGAGAUCGACGCGAUUCGGCCGUACAUCUGCACCCAGUUUUAUCGACACCACAUACACCCUAGAUCAACGACUCAAACCCUGGGUUGAGGAGAGUGGGCUGAACAUCCCCAGUGGUCUCUACGAGUUUUGUACGGGACUUUCGGUCAAUUUAUCCUUGCCCCCACUGCCAAAUAUUCUGCCCACGUUUAUACCGAGUGUUAUGCGAGCACAUCUGAGUUCGUCGGCGAAGUCGAACUUCGAUGCGAGCUCGGAUGAGAUUGGGUACUUCGAGACUGAUGGAAGAAGUUCGGACCAGACUCCGGGGCCGUUAUAAUUGAGGCGUAUAUAUACAAGGAUACAAGCUUAAGAAUUCAAAAACGCUUGUAGCCGUAUCAUAUGCAUAUACACAUGGACAUAUGGAUAUGUAUUUGUACAUAUAGACUCUUGACACCAAAAUAAAGUAGGAAGGACAAAUAAAGCCCAACGG